AUGAAAAUAAGUGCACCUAGGACUUUCUACUCAGCUAGAGAAAAUAAGACACCAAGCUCGAGUGGACACUUUCGAGCACCAUCCUCAUACGAUAGUGAUUCUUCAGAAGAAGAUUACCUCUCUUCCGAUGAAGGAGAUACCUCAUAUGACCUUGACAUCUCUGUGGACUCAGCGGAUGCGCAGUCAGACAGCGCGGAUGAAGACCAAGAUGUUGAAGAGGAUCUGAUUGGUCCCUGGAACAAGCUCACUAUUAGUGGGCGAACACCUCAGGAACAACACGCUGUCUUAGAGACUGUUGCGUCUGUUCGCAACCACUCGCGCCACGUUGAUCCUUACGAAGAGUGGGAGUCGCAGAUGCGAAGGAAUGCUUUCCUCACUGCACGACGACAGCAAGCGUCCGUGCUCCACGAGAUGCGUGAAAAGCAACGACAGAAUCACUUGAAGAACCAACAGCAAUUCAAUUUUAUUCGUACAAAGGAGCUUGAAUUUCUACAAAUAUCGAUGGAGAAACACCGUAACAUCACUCUCAACGCAGAGAACCAACUACGUGAGAGGUGGAAAGAACGUGACAGGAAGUUAUGGGAGCGUAUUGAACUCGCUAUUAAAGAGGAGGAAGACAAGCUGCGUGCUACUCAAGAGGCGGAACGCCAGGCACGGGAGGAGAAUGAACGGAAGAUGCGCGAGAUGGAAGAGAAGACAAAGAAAGAGGAAGAAGAGAGGAAGAAGGCUGAGGAAGAAAAGAGACAGAAAGUCGUGGCAGAGAAGUUAAGAAGGGAUAUGGAGGAGACUGAGAAGCAAGAGAAGGAAGAAAAGGCGAAAUUAGAUAAGACUCGAGUUCACGGUCUGCUCGAACUGAGGGAGAAGUCUGGCUUGCUCAGUUGUGAAGAUAUGUGGAAAGUGGGAUUACGGUGCCUGAAGUACUUAAGAUCGGAAACGAUGCGCGCAGUAAAGGGGCCGAGGCCUCCGGACCCGGAACCUGCAGGUUACCAGGCGCCACCUCCUCCUCCAUUGAAGAAACUAUGGAGUGCUCAACGUAGAAAGAUCACUCCUAAGAUUGGUCAGCUCACCGACGAUCCCGAACAGAUUGCCCGCAUUAGUGAGGAAUUAAAGGCUAUCGUUGCACCCAUUCCGAACAUGCCACGACCCGAGGAAGCACAAUGUCUCCACCAUGCCUUACUCGCUUCUUUUGCAAAGGCAGUAGUCGCUCAAGCAGAAACGGAAGUCACAGCGCACAAAGCUCAAGCUGGCCCACUUGCACGUGUUGCCGUGUCACUCAUCUCCGCAUACCCAGCGCUUGGUGACAUAUUCUGGGCACGCUUGUGCGCUCGUGCAGGAUGCUGGGCUGCGGGCGUGGAACCUGAAGUUGUAGAAAACGAGCAAUGGCAAACUCUUCCCGACAAGGAAAAGCGGAAACGUUGGGGCGCAAGGGAAGAUGAGAACCUCGAGGAGAAAAUGACGCGUAUCUCGGGUAUCUUGAGGCUGUAUUUCAGCAUGAUGUUUAUCUCGGUGACCGUUCCGAUGAAGGAGCCGAUGCCAAUGGCUUUUAGGCCUGCCCGCUUCUGGCUUUACCUUUCCCAACUACUGGAUAACCAGAAGAUGAUUGAGAAGCCGGUGGCACCUGAGAUUAUUUAUGUUGCGCUAGACGAAGGGGGUGUACACGCGAAAACGAUCUGGGGCAAACAAUUCAUUAAGAUGCUCCAGUUCAUCUACGAGGGAAUACAAGGCGAGGAUAAACAGCGCUUUGGAGGCUCAGACGUCCUCGCUCAGGCCUCGCGUGCCCGUUGCAUUCUAGAGAUCGAGAAGAUCAUGACUCAGUGAUCAUUUGUCAUUAGUUAGAUGGAUUCUUUUAUUUCGUCAUCAAACCUGCUGUCAUGCCUCUUAGUCCACUUCCUCUUU